UUGAGUUGGGAAGGUUGUGUCAGUAAUGUGACUUGAUCACGGGAACCAUGUCACAUGAGCUUGUGAUUUUACUUAAGUGCGAUAAGUUUCCAGCUACGCGGUCACAGCACGACUGCUAAUACGAGUCUCUUGCUCCAUUCUACCGAUGCGUCUACUGGUGGUGUGUUUGCUGUUUGGGGCGAUGGGAGUGUUUGGUGCCCCAGAAGCAGAUGAGAUCAAGUAUCUUCCCGGACUUCCAAAACAGCCCAGCUUCAAACAGUACUCUGGAUAUUUCCACGUGACAGAAAACGAGCACCUCCACUACUGGUUUGUGGAGUCUCAGAAAGACCCAGCUAACAGUCCAGUGGUUCUGUGGUUAAAUGGGGGCCCAGGAUGCAGCUCCUUGGAUGGCUUGCUUACCGAGCAUGGGCCUUUUCUGAUCCAAAAUGAUGGCAAUUCUCUAAACUACAAUCCUUAUUCUUGGAAUAUGAUUGCCAACAUGCUAUACCUGGAGUCGCCAGCCGGUGUCGGGUUUUCCUACUCUGAUAACAAGAACUAUACCACAAAUGAUACAGAGGUGUCAAUGAACAACUAUUUGGCCCUGAAAGAGUUCUUCAGGCUCUUUCCAGAGUACCGCACGAAUGAGUUUUAUCUCACUGGAGAGAGCUAUGGGGGCAUUUAUAUCCCUACACUGGCUGAGCGAGUUAUGGAAGACAGCAGCAUCAAUCUGCAGGGUAUAGCUGUUGGGAAUGGCAUGUCCAGCUAUGAGCUGAAUGACAACUCGCUGGUCUAUUUUGCAUAUUACCAUGGACUGCUUGGAACAAGCUUAUGGACUGAUCUGCAGACAAAUUGCUGCAAAGAUGGAAAAUGCAACUUUUAUAAUAGUACUGAUCGUACAUGCUCAUACAACGUAGGGCAGGUGGCGAAUAUUGUCUACAGAUCUGGACUGAACAUGUAUAACCUGUAUGCUCCAUGUCCUGGAGGAGUUUCCACCAUGAGUGAAGAAAAUGGCCAGUUGGUGAUCUAUGACCUGGGUAACAACUUCAUCGAACAUGAGUUUUCUGUCUCCUGGAACCAGAAACUGCAAGUUAUGGCCCCUGCAUUCAAAUCAGUGAAGCUCAACCCUCCCUGCACUAAUUCUACACCAUCUUCCCUGUACCUCAACAAUCCCUAUGUCAAGUCUGCUCUUCACAUCUCUCAAGAUGCACUUGCCUGGGAAAUAUGUAGUGCUGUGGUGAAUUUGAACUACAAGCGUCUCUACAUGGAUGUGACCAAGCAGUACUUGAAGCUCCUUGGAGGAAUGAAAUACCGUAUCUUGGUGUACAAUGGAGACGUGGACAUGGCUUGCAAUUUCCUAGGAGACGAGUGGUUUGUUGAAUCCCUUCAGCAACAGGUUCAAGUGAAACGCAGGACAUGGCUCUUCUUUAAUGGCAAGAGUCAGCAGGUGGGCGGCUUUGUCAAGGAGUUCUCCAACCUGGCUUUCCUAACUGUCAAGGGUUCUGGUCACAUGGUUCCCACUGAUAAGCCCAUAGCAGCCUACACCAUGUUCAGCCGCUUCCUCACUAAACAGCCUUAUUAAUGAUUAUGUAUGGGGUUCUGCUAAUGUGGGUUUUGAACUUGCACUGAUUCACUGUGAAAAGAACUUGAACUUGACCAAGCACAUAUCCCUGUCUGUUCUAGAGUAAUCAAACUUGUUAUACUUAGCUGUCUGGGUGUGGGUGUGAUCUCCAAUCUCCUUUCAUGGCAGUUGAAUGACACUUGUCCAUCUAUUUGGCAUUAAUUUUUACCAUUAAUGAAUGCUGAGCAAUAAAUAGAUAAGGUACUCUAGUGCCAAAUGGAAUAACACCAGAUGUUCAGAGAUUGGCUCCAGUUUAUAAAGCUGAUCAAAUGAAACUUGGAUUGACCAAGUCUGAAUAUUUUAAUAAGGAUUGUUCAAUUACAGAACUUGUCUUUUUAAAUAUGAAAUGGUAUGUUUGCUUCUGUGCCUUUUGAAUUUUUAUUGGUUCCAAAAAGGAUCCCUUCCACUUGAACAAAAGGAAUAAAAUGGUAAUUGUGUUGCACUGAGA